UGACAUGGAGCCAAUACUGGCUUCCAUGUAAAGUUCUUGAGGGGAAUUGAUGAGCUAGGGGCGGGGAAACCGCUUAGCACUUAGGAAAUACUCAGUAGACCCUAACAAAAGUAAUGUUGCCGUCUUGGUGUUUUAACUUAGGAUCUGUGAAGAGCAUCCGCAUCCCGGAUGCUCCCUGGUCCACUUUUGCUUUGAGUUUCAGGUAGCGGUUCUCCUCCCUCCGUGUGGUUGGAAGAGGAACCUCGCUUCCUGGCUGUCCCCUCCUCGUGGGCCUCAGCGCGUGGGUGUUCUCGACUGAGCCACCGCUUCCGCCUGGAGAUCUGGGUCUUCUGGCCACAGGGCUGCUGCACAGGCAGUGACUGCCGGCUGGGCCUGGAGACCUGGCGGCUGCGGACUGCCCAGCUCAGAACAGCCCCUCUUUGACCUCGCACGGUGGAGAAGCAGCCCCAUGAAGGUGCCCAGCCAUGCAAUGUUCCUGGAAGGCCGUCCUCCUCCUCGCCCUGGCCUCCAUCGCCAUCCAGUACACGGCCAUUCGCACCUUCACCGCCAAGUCCUUCCACGCCUGCCCGGGUCUGGCGGAGGCGGGGCUGGCCGAGCGGCUGUGCGAAGAGAGCCCCACGUUCGCCUAUAACCUCUCCCGCAAGACCCACAUCCUCAUCCUGGCCACCACGCGCAGCGGCUCCUCCUUCGUGGGCCAGCUCUUCAACCAGCACCUGGACGUCUUCUACCUGUUUGAGCCCCUCUACCACGUCCAGAACACGCUCAUCCCCCGCUUCACCCAGGGCAAGAGCCCCGCGGAUCGGCGGGUCAUGCUGGGAGCCAGCCGUGACCUGCUGAGGAGCCUCUACGACUGUGACCUCUACUUCCUGGAGAACUACAUCAAGCCGCCGCCCGUCAACCACACCACCGACAGGAUCUUCCGCCGCGGGGCCAGCAGGGUACUGUGCUCGCGCCCCGUGUGCGACCCUCCGGGCCCCGCGGACCUGGUGCUGGAGGAGGGCGACUGCGUGCGCAAGUGCGGCCUGCUGAACUUGACGGUGGCCGCCGAGGCCUGUCGGGAGCGCAGCCACGUGGCCAUUAAGACGGUGCGGGUGCCCGAGGUCAACGACUUGCGGGCCCUGGUCGAAGACCCCCGGUUAAACCUCAAGGUCAUCCAGCUGGUCCGAGACCCACGCGGCAUUCUGGCUUCCCGCAGCGAGACCUUCCGCGACACGUACCGGCUCUGGCGGCUCUGGUACGGCACCGGGAGGAAGCCCUACAACCUGGACGUGACGCAGCUGACCACGGUGUGCGAGGACUUCUCCAACUCCGUGUCCACCGGCCUCACGCGGCCCCCGUGGCUCAAGGGCAAGUACAUGCUGGUGCGCUACGAGGACCUGGCCAGGAACCCCAUGAAGAAGACCGAGGAGAUCUACGGCUUCCUGGGCAUCCCCGUGGACAGCCACGUGGCGCGCUGGAUCCAGAACAACACGCGGGGAGACCCCACCCUGGGCAAGCACAAAUACGGCACCGUGCGAAACUCGGCGGCCACGGCCGAGAAGUGGCGCUUCCGCCUCUCCUACGACAUCGUGGCCUUUGCCCAGAACGCGUGCCAGCGGGUGCUGGCGCAGCUGGGCUACAAGAUGGCCAACUCAGAGGAGGAGCUCAAGAACCCCUCCAUCAGCCUGGUGGAGGAGCGGGACUUCCGCCCUUUCUGGUGACCAGGGCUCCGCGGGGGGGGGCUGGGGAGCGAGGGGGACACGGUGUCGAUUUUGAUACAAGUGGACCGCUUUGAACUGUUGCCUUAUUUCCCCCUCCCUCUCCCACCCCGUCUUUGUGUCCUCCCUGCCCCCUGUCCAGACCCCGCUUCCUCUGCCUCUCUUUGUCUCUGAAAUUUGCACUAAGUCUUGGACAGGAAUCUCUGGGGCAGAGGGGGCCUGAAGUGGGGUCCAGCCCCAGCCCCGCCCCGUUCAGACACAAGGAUGUGUGUCUCCGGCAGAUGGUGACAAUGUUUACAAGCACCGCACUUACACAUUCACAUAUGCGCGCACGCACACGGGCACCCGAGAGGAGAGACACCCCAAACCGCACAACUGCUGAAGCUUCCCCAAUGGACGAGUGGCGAGGGUACGGUAGUUUUUGCGCCGUCUUACUUCUACGAGGUGAGAAGUUAAAAACGAAAAGGCCACCUCUCUCUCAUUGAUGAAUGGCGUUUGUCCCUCACCAUGCUACUUCUACCCGCCGUUGCCCACUGCCCCCCCCUCCCUCGGAGCAGAGAAACUGCCCCCUCCUGCCCGCCCUUGCCUGUCAGGUGAGCAGGUUUUUACUGUGAGGUGAAUGUGGACCUUGUUUAUUUUUUCCAGUCUGUGGCAAUGCUGUUCGUCUGUCUGAGUCUUGUGGCUGCCCCUGGACCAGUGAUGGCUGAUAAAUGUUACGGUUUUCUGAUUGAUCUUGGGGUCCAUCUGUGAUAUUUCUUUGUGCCAAAAAGAAAAAAAAAAAAAAAAGAGUGGUUCGGUUUGCUAAAUGGACAUUGAAAUGCUUUAUCUGUGUUUUCUGUAAAUAAAAGAGUGCAAUAA